AUGGCAGACAUCCCGCCCUACCCGCUCUACAACAGGACCUACAACCUGUACCGCCUGUCGCCGCUGCACCACAGCCAUGGCUCUCUCAUGGCCGAGCGGACCCUGCGAACGCACGCGAAACGGCUGAGGGAGCAGCUGAAGGGUGAUAGUGUGCGCGGCGUGCAGGUCGACUUUGCCAGUGCAGACGACACGGCCAAGCUGGGGCCCUUGGAGGAGUGCAGCUGGGACAUGAUGGGGGACGAGGACGCCUGGAUAGACCACUACCGCCAGGCAGCCGACGUGGAUGCUUCACAGCUGUCUACGGUCCUGACUCCAGACCAGGCGCGGGGCAUCCACGUCAGCCUCGAGUACGAGAAGCAGUCCUACAACGCGCUCCUGUUACGCGACCCGGGCAUCACAUCGUCGCCAGAUGGCUUCACCUCUCUCCCCCUCCUCCUGGUGAAGAUGCCGGGUCCCAUACGAGACGUCUUCCUCGAUUACCUCCGCACAGCAUUCGACGCCCAUGUUGCACCAUUAAAACUGUCUUCGUCCUUCAUAACAUCCAGUCUCGAAACGUACUUCAAGUGUCUGUCAGCAGCCACCUCCACCCAAUCCAUCCAGGACGUCAUACGGCAACUGCACGUGCAGCUGGCAUUCCCAAGCACUACCACCUUGCUCAAACACAUUGAAAUCACCAUCGCUGGUGCGCAUGUUGCAGGCUUCCUCACCCGAGGCAAGCAACUCAUCAGCACCAACAACAAGCCCUUCACAGCCGCCUUGUCCAGUUACCUUCAAAAACACCUCGCUCUCGACAUCUCACAUCCAAAAGUGCUAAUCUCGCGCAUAUCCUGCAACAGCUUCCACCUCGGCACGGAGCGCCUCAAGCUCACAGCACCAGACACCCUUGCAGACACGUCGUUCUCAGACGAAGGUGGGGCCUCCCAGGAUGCAAGUGCAGGCCAACUUGCCGUUCAAGAUUUCUUUACGUCAUUGAUCCGAGAAGCUGCCGGCAGCGGAAAAUUCUUGCCCGAGAAUUUGGCGAGCGUCGACACGCCGAGCUCGACUGCGAGCGCGAGGACAGCGAGGAGAAAGAGGGCUGUCAGUGGGGCGGCUGUUGGUAAUGGAAACAACAAGAGGAACAAGGCAAAGAAUCAGGAGAACGGGCCAAUGUCUGACGGAGACGAAGAUAUGUCGGAUGGAUAG